ACAACUCCUGACUCUUCCCCUUUCACCGCUGCCGCCGCCUUGGCAGCAGCUUCUGAAGGAAGGAAACGCGGCGGCGGGUGGGCGCCGCCGCCGGCAACGCCCCCCUCCCGCCUUCCUCUGCCCGAGCUCAGCUGAAGAUGAACAUUAUGGAUUUCAACGUGAAGAAACUGGCGGCUGACGCCGGCACAUUCCUCAGCCGCGCGGUGCAGUUUACUGAAGAGAAGCUUGGUCAAGCAGAGAAGACUGAAUUUGAUGCUCACUUAGAAAACCUUCUCAGCAAAGCAGAAUGCACUAAACAUUGGACAGAAAAAAUUAUGAAGCAGACAGAAGUUUUGUUACAACCAAAUCCAAAUGCUAGAAUAGAAGAGUUUGUCUAUGAGAAGUUAGACCGCAAAGUGCCAAGUCGUGUGAAUAACCCAGAAUUACUGGGUCAGUAUAUGGUCGAUUCUGGCACUGAGUUUGGUCCAGGAACAGCAUAUGGAAACGCUCUCAUUAAAUGUGGAGAAACACAAAAACGAAUUGGAGCAGCGGACAGAGAACUAAUUCAGAUGGCUGCAAUAAACUUCCUCACUCCGCUAAGAAAUUUUAUAGAAGGCGAUUAUAAAACAAUUACUAAAGAACGUAAAUUAUUACAGAAUAAAAGACUAGAUUUGGAUGCUGCCAAAACCAGACUGAAAAAGGCAAAGGUAGCAGAAGCGCGAGCUGCAUCUGAACAGGAAGUCAGGAUAGCCCAAAGUGAGUUUGACCGGCAAGCUGAAAUUACUAGACUUCUUCUGGAGGGCAUCAGCAGUACACAUGCACAUCAUCUUCGUUGUCUGAAUGAUUUUGUAGAAGCUCAAAUGACUUAUUAUGCACAGUGUUACCAAUAUAUGUUGGAUCUUCAGAAACAGCUUGGAAGCUUUCCAUCUACGUUCCUUGCUAACAAUAACCAGUCGUCUUCAACCUGCGCUCCAAGUAGUUCUACUACUACGCCCUCUGCUUCUGUUACAGCUUCGCUGUCUUCAAUCAGCAAUUCAGCAGUGACUUCAAGCUUUAGUGAACUGAAGUCAUCAAGUGGCAACAGAAAAGCCAGAGUGCUUUAUGAUUAUGAUGCUGCAAAUAGUAGUGAAUUAUCACUACUUGCUGAUGAGGUGAUAACAGUAUACAGUGUCCCUGGCAUGGAUUCAGACUGGCUGAUGGGUGAAAGAGGAAAUCAGAAGGGCAAAGUGCCUAUUACUUACUUAGAACUGUUAAACUGAAUGACUGGCUUGUAUAAAAACUGCCAGUUAAGUUGAGAACAUAUUUAUAUGCAAUUAACAUUAUAUAAUACAGGUUUCAGUGUCUUCCUUAUUAAUGUCUAAAGUGUCAAGGAUACCAGCCUUUAGAAGUGGGCUUUUCUGCCAAUAUUGUUGCAUGGUAGAGACUAUUCAGAUUUGUGCUUUUACUUAAGUGCCAAGAAUGUGUUUCCUACAGAAUAUUGUUUCUACUGGACUUUUCACUAACAAAUGUCUACUUUUGAGUAAUCUAAAUUGAAAGGAGGUGCUGUUUUCUACAGAACUUUUCAUAUGACAAACUUCUUCACAAACAAUAAAUAGUUAAAUGAC